UAUGUAUAUUAUUGCGCGUAUUUAAAUAAAUACUAAAUACGUGUGCACAUUUAUUUUAGUUUACUCGGGUGUUUAAUUUCUCUAAACUACUAUCGAUAAACCUUCUGUGCAUUAUCUUAGUUAAUUAGAAAACGAAAUUUGACAUACGUUCUAUGUUACAUCUAACAAAAUCUACGUGUAAACAUUACUAUUUUGUAUCUGAGUAAAUUGUUCUUCCGUCGUCCAUGAUGGUAUUUAGGUUUCUAGAGAAGCUUUUGUUUUUAAUUCACCGUCAUGAGUACUGAAAUAGAACCUCACAUUACAAAAAAGUAUGAAAUUAAAAAGCGGUUAGGAAAAGGGGCUUAUGGAAUUGUUUGGAAAGCUAUUGAUCGCAGAACAGGAGAGGUGGUGGCAGUAAAAAAGAUUUUUGAUGCAUUUAGGAAUAAAACAGAUGCACAGCGAACAUUUAGGGAGAUAAUGUUCUUGCAAGAAUUUGGUGAUCAUCCUAAUGUUAUAAAACUUCAUAAUGUAAUAAAAGCUGAAAAUGACAAGGACAUUUACUUAGUAUUUGAGUUCAUGGAGACUGACCUUCACAAUGUUAUCAAGAGAGGAAAUAUUCUGAAAGAUGUACACAAACGUUAUGUCAUGUACCAGCUGUUCAAGUCCAUCAAAUAUUUACAUAGCGGAAAUGUCAUUCACAGAGACCUAAAGCCUUCCAAUAUUUUACUUGACAGUGAAUGCAUAGUUAAAUUAUGUGACUUUGGACUGGCCCGAUCAUUGACCCAAAUAUCUAUAGAUGAGACUGGUGACCCAAACCUAACAGAGUAUGUUGCCACCAGAUGGUACAGAGCACCCGAAAUACUGUUGGCCUCACACAGGUACACCAAGGGUGUAGAUAUGUGGAGUCUGGGCUGUAUACUUGGGGAAAUGUUGCUUGGGAAACCACUCUUCCCAGGCUCAUCAACAAUCAACCAAAUUGAAAGAAUAAUGAACUCUAUUCCUACACCAACUCGAGCAGACAUUGACAGCCUGAAAACUAGUUAUGGAGCAUCUGUUCUAGAUAAAGCCUCUGCCACUGUUGGAAGGAACAAGCGGUCAUUUGAAGAAUUGAUUCCUGAUGCUCCUCCAGAUGGCUUGGAUUUAAUGAAAAAGCUGCUGCAUUUCAACCCUGACAAAAGAAUAACUGCUGAUGAAGCUUUAAGGCAUCCAUUUGUACAAAGAUUUCACAACCCAAGCAGUGAGAUGAGUCUCAACUUUGAUGUAGUACCACCUUUGAGUGAUGAUGUACAGUUGACUGUUGAUGAGUACAGAAGUAAACUUUAUGAGAUGAUCAUUCAGAAAAAAACAGAACGAAGGAGAAGGAGGCGAGCGGAGAGUCAACUGCAGGCUGCGCAAGAUCAGCAGGAUCAUGUAGAAGAUGGAUAUACUCAAGAUGAGCAAGGAGCUGACCGCCCAGCUAAAGAAAAUGUGCAUUCUUCUCCCAAGCGACCUUCACCUCAAACAGUUCACAGAUAUGUUGAGCAGCCAGCAAGUCAUCAGUCAUCAUUUUCAGCAUUUGGCAGGACUACUACCACAGAUCAUCAGUCAGCAGUACAUUACAGACAAAAAACAUUUGGGAAACAGAAAAGUUAUGAAAAUAUGCAACCUUCUCAAGCAACCAAUGGGGAAGUCUACUCUCAACAGAUGUCUCAAAAGGGCAGGCACACAUCCGCACCUGCAGCUGUGAGAGGCAAUGCUCGUCAGGGAUCAGGUGUUCAGCGUCCUCAGAUGAUUACAAGAGAAGAGAGGGGUGGUGGGGGAGGACUUGUUGUGGCUAGUUCAAGAAUGGUACCUGGCCAAAGACCAAUAUCAGCUACAAAUGCUAGAGCUAAGCCUAUUUUUGGCCGCAAACAGUUCAGCAAUGCUGUCAACAAUCCAAGCACAGGUGCUCCAAAGUCUCAGUUUGGCAGCUACUCACAGAGCUAUGGUACAAUCUCUGCCAGCAGUCUGGCUGCACUACAAGGGCGCAAGUCAUGACUAGUAAAGCCUCAGCCAGUCACAGCACAGGACCAGUAUGGACACUUCUACCACAAUGAUAUCAGAAUCAUGGAGAUGCCAGCUCACUAUCUUCCUUCACCUCCACCCAGACCGAAAGAUAUGAACCAGUUUGACUAUCACCCACAAAGGCACAUGGACUAUUACCACAUUUAGCUGUAAAGGCUGAGGCAUCAGUGGAACUCAUACAAGUUCAUUUAAAUCUCAGAAGCAAUCAACAGAGAGCUUCUUGAUUUUUAUUUUCAAAUUAGUUUGAAAUACUGUAGAGUCAAUUAAGAAAUGAAAAUAGAAUUAUAACAAAGAAAUGUAAUACUCAGGUUUACAUUUUUAAAUGAAGCAAUUUUAAUGUUAUUUACCUUUGGGUUGGCUCAAAAAAAAAAAAGAAUUUUUUUUUUAGGAUUAAUCUGCACAACACUUAGUUAUGGCUAAUUUAUUUUCUGAAGAAAUAUUUAACAGAAAUAUUUUGGAUCUAUAUUGGAAAAAUCUUGAUGAAAUAUAUUUUGAAAGUAACUAAAAAAUAUUUAAAAAAAGCAAAUCAUAAACUACAUUAUUUUAUUUCUAUGUUGACUCCUAUACUGCUCCAAGGGCUAUCAUCAAGUCUAAACAUUAGAAUGUAAUAAAAGAACUAGUAGACUGUUUGCAUUUUCUAUUCUCAUAUAGUCACAUUUGUAGAUGCAUCCAUUGUACUUCAUCUUACUCAUUCUCAACAUAUAUGUUUCAACACAGAAUCUUAGUAGAGAGUUAAUGAAAUGAAAGUAUAUAAUCAUGUUUCUGUUAAGAAUUUCUAGUUACUUUAUAAGUUGGAAUGUAGUUAUCUCUUAACGAAUAUUGAUAUUUUAAUUUUUUUUUUGCUUAUUACUUCAUUUAGUAUAUACCUUAGGAUGUUAUAAUUAAAAACAAUAAUAAAUUCAUUUGAAAGUUUUAAGGUAGAGUUGUUUGGGUUUCAAAUCCAGCAUUUGUGAUAAGCCUUGUUUAUAAGUUAAGUUCUACUAAUUACCUGAAAUAUUAAAGUUAAGGGAGGGGUAUCUAGGCAUCAGUGUAUAAUUGUUCAUUAUGCUUAAAUACAUUUUAAUUUCUCUUAACAUGGAAUUUGAAAAUUGAUUUUUUUUUCUUUGUGUGAUGAUCUUUGCCAUAAACAAAAAAGUAUUUAAGGAAACAAAAAGUCUUUUAGUACAUUUGAACUUUGAUGUGUGUGGGUUUAUAUUUCUUUUGAGUAGCACUUUGUGUUCAUAGAAACCAAAAGCAACUUAUCGUGUAGAUGUUGUUUUAUUUGAAGUUACGAUUUUUAAAAAAAAUGUAAUGUUUGAUUAUAAAUUAAUUCACAUUUUGUGAAUUUAAAUAAUAAAAAGUAAAUAUACUAUUUAUUGUUGUCAUUUCACUAGCAUUACUCUGAAUCAUCAUGAUAUUUUAUGAAUGUAAUAUGACUUGUAAAAAAAAGUAUGCAUUGUUUUGUGCUAUUGUGAUGGAUGGGUGUGUUUGUAAUUGAUUAUUCAGAACAUAGACACAAUGAGAGCAAAUUUACGAAAUUAUAUUUUUAGAUUUAAAACAGUAUUGUCUCAUUAAAUAUUUCACAAACUUGUGUUCUGUGAUCAUUGUUUUUGACAUUGAAAUAUCUGCACUUGAUUUUUAAUGUUUUAUAAAAAAAAAUAUAGAUACUAUUUUUUAUCAAUAUAUUUGUGUGUGUGCAAAGGUCGACAAUAUAAGCUUUAGAUAUUUGGAAGUUAUUAGUACUUAUGCAGAUAAACAAAACUAUUGUAAGUAUUUUUUAUACAAACAUCUGAUUUAAUGGAACUAAGGUUGUUGUUUUUUAAAAUAUAGGAGUAAGUUGACAGAAAAAAAAAUGUUUUGUGGCAGAAGAAACUUUUCCAAAAUGUCUUUGGUUAAAAUUUGUUUACAAAAAAUAUUUAUUUAACUUAGAUUGCUUUGUAAUUUAUGGUUUGUAUAAUCAAGUUCCUUAAACAAAGGACUUUAUUUACCAAGACUUUUUAGAGCUCUCUAUCUGCAUCUUGAGACAAAUCUGUGACCUAGUUUUGUAACUGUGAUUCUAAUGACCUGCCCUUACACCAAUAAAUUAACUUGUGAUAUUCA